CGAACCUCAAGACACGAUGAUACCCGCAACUGCUGCACACGGUUACAGUGGCUGGAUUCCUCCUUCCCAUUGCGUCGGGACCCUCCGUUGGGUUCCUUGCAGAGGUGGGCAAGUUCCUCCAGAUGCUGUCCAGGCGGGUAUGGAUCAGGAUGGAGGUCAUAUAUAUGUUGGUAGGGCCAACCAUGAAGGAGAUCUCCUCCCUGCCAAAGUCACCCCAAGGCACGGCUGUGCCUUCGUGCCUUAUAAUGGCGUGGAGGUCGCCAAGAUGGAAUACGAGGUCUUGUGCAGCAACCAUAUAGCAUGGAAAUUCUGCAGAUAUGGAGAGUAUCCUCCAGAAGCGAUAAGGAUUGGAAACACAAAGGAAGGAGAACCACUCUUCUUAGGCAGGACAAUGAUUGAUGGAACUAUGACACCAGGAAAGGUGCACCCUAGCCAUCGAUGCCUGUACGUACCCUACGCAGGUCGCGAGCAUAGCUUCCAUGAAUAUGAAAUCCUCAUUUUGAACUAAGAAAACUAGUUCAAAAAAUACAUGUCAUAACAUAUACAUCUAAUGUCUGCAAAUUAGUUUAAAAAGCAUACAUACUAUAGCAUAUACAUAUGCAUCCUAUGUGUUUCUAUGUAGUUUUAAAAAGAAAAUACUGAUAUAAUAAACGUUAUCUGAUUACAAACAUAAUCCUGUAUAUUUUUUAUGUUGAUCCUGUUAAUUAAUAAUAGCUUAAUUUAUAGCAUUUAAUAUAGUGGAAUGUUAAGUAUUAAACUGUUAAAAAUUUAAUUUGGUUUUAUAAGAUGUGUUUCUUUCCUAUGUUAUUUCUACCGUGGAAUACAAUUAUAUAUAGUUACUCACAUGAGUUAAAUUUAUGUAAAAAAAUAUUCCAAUGUUAGUUCUCAUUAAGAAUGGUAUAACUAAUAAUCUUAAAAUGAUGAUCCGCGUCCAUGAAAGUUGUAAAAUAAAUUAAUAAAUAUACAUUACAUUUAUAGAGGAGAGGGCCAAAAGGCAAGAUGCAAUUAUAGAAAAAAUACUACUUGUAAACAAUAAUUUAACACAAUAAAACACAAAUAAAGACAAUGGAGGUAAGGUUGAUCAGGUGAAGCAGAUUUAGCUAACCAACUCAAUGGAAAUCAGGGGUUUUCCGGUGAAAACCAGAGAAACACCUGAUUCAAUCGGUCGGUUCAGUUGCUACUGUUCUGGGUAUUAAGCUCGUUACCGAAGGCUUGGAUAUAGAGGAAAGAACAAGGUCGAAUUGACCAUCGUUCAGCGUUCUUCUUCCGUUCAAACCGUUCAUGAAGAGGUGAUCCGUCUAAGAAAGAUAAAAAGAGACUUUACUAUGACUAGAUACGACACCUAGAAACAUACAUCUAUAUUGCCUGGCUAGGUAAAAGAGGGCCGCAGGCAAAGUCAAUUAUGUCUGGUUGGUAAGAGGAAGUGUUCUUUGCCGACGUGAAGAUGAUCAAUCAGUAAUCAUUAUAAAUAAAGACGAUUUAUUCCAUUUUUAAUAUGAGGAAAUCGCUUCAGGAACAAAUGAGACUUUGUUAAAAAACUUUAACACCACAAACACACAAAACAAUUUUAUUCCUCUACAUAAACAUCACACAAUAAUGAACAAAGGUCUACUAUCUGCGGAUAACCUCACCCAAGCUAACUUGCUUUGUUUAUAGCACCUGAGCAGUGCUGCCAGAUAACAUACAUUAAGAUAACAUGCUCCCAUCAUUACAAUUAAUCCUUUAAAUUGUAAAAUGUAUUAAAAUAACAUACAGAACAUUUAAAGUAGGCAGUGCAAAAAUAUAUAAUUGUACAAGACUAAUCAUUGUUGUAAUUGUAUAAUACUAGUUUCUUUGUUAUAUAGCAUUGAAGCUAUAUAAAAUUGAUAUUUUUUAUAUAACACUGAUAACAUUCCGAAAUACACUACUCUCCUUAGUUGCA